UCGUCAAUACGUUCAAUAAAGCCUAAAUUUUUCUUGGAAUUACAAAAAAGUUUUUCUGCCAGCACUAUUAGAACUUCACCAUAUGAUGAUACCUAUAAAAACAUGAAACUUACGAAAAACACCAGAGUUAUUUGUCAAGGUUUUACUGGAAAACAAGGAACUUUUCAUUCACAACAAGCAAUUGAUUAUGGAACCAAUUUAGUUGGUGGCGUAGCACCUAAAAAAGGUGGCCAAGAACAUUUAGGAAGACCCGUAUUUAACACUAUAGCUGAGGCAGUUAAUGAAGUUAAACCAGAUGCUUCUGUAAUUUAUGUACCUCCACCUUUUGCAGCAAUUGCUAUUAUAGAUGCCAUUAAGGCUGAAAUUCCUCUGGUGGUAGCGAUUACAGAAGGAAUUCCACAGAAAGAUAUGGUUAAAGUAGUAAAAGCUUUAAAAAAUCAAAAUAAAACACGUCUUAUUGGUCCUAAUUGUCCCGGAAUUAUAGCACCAGGUGCUUGUAAAAUCGGGAUUAUGCCUGGACAUAUCCACAAAAAAGGUGUUGUUGGAAUUGUUUCAAGAUCUGGUACUUUGACAUAUGAAGCAGUCAAUCAAACUACUCAGGCGAAUCUUGGUCAAACUUUAUGUAUUGGAAUUGGCGGUGAUCCAUUCAAUGGAACAAAUUUUGUAGAUUGUUUAAAAUUGUUCUUGGAAGAUGAACAAACAAAAGGCAUUAUACUAAUCGGAGAAAUUGGCGGUAUUGCUGAAGAGAAUGCGGCAGAAUUUUUAAAACAAUAUAAUUUGACCCGAUCUCAGCCAAAGCCUGUGGUUUCUUUCAUUGCUGGUUUAACUGCGCCACCAGGACGUCGUAUGGGCCAUGCAGGGGCUAUAAUUGCUGGUGGUAAAGGUGCUGCAACUGAUAAAAUUAAAGCAUUGGAAAGUGCUGGUGUUAUUAUUUCAAAAAGUCCUGCUAAACUCGGAGUUCAUUUAAGAGAAUCUCAAAGUUUGAUUCAACCAAGAAUUAAAGAAGUAAAUGAAGAAAGUUUCUUUUAUGAAAUAUUUGAUUCAGCUACUUCAGGUGCAGAUAUAGGAAGAACAGUUAGAGUUUCAGUUCUAAAAUUUAUGCUUGUUCCUGAAGAAACAACUCAUCCAUGGACUCCACCACCAAGUUUACCAAAUGCCUUUGAAAAAUUCACGAAAGCAGCAUGUACCUCCACCGUAACAGCUGCAAAAUUCGUGACUAUAUUAAAAUCUUUUGAUUAUUCAUGUGAUGGGCCGAUUUUUCCAGAAGAACAUCCACUUGCAACCAAAACCUGGACCUGUAUUCAUAUUUCAUGUGAUUUUCCAAUUGAAUUGAAUGGCUGUAUUGUACUUCGAGAAAAAGUGGUAAUGUGGUCAAGUCAGCAAGUCAAUAAAUAUUCCUCAAGAAUUUAA